UAUAAUAAAGUGUAAAAAUAAAAUAUUCAUAAAGAAUAAUUGUUAUAAAAAAAUCCACGGUGAAACUUAACCCGAUUCGUAUGUAUGUACAUACUGCAUACAUACUGCCAGGACUGUGCAUUCAUACAGCCAUAUACGUAUACGUAUAUGCGCAAUUAAGCUGCAAAUCUCCUGGCAAUAAACAGCAUUUGCUAUUUUCAACCGAUUCGUGGCUGUCUGGCGUGUACUAAAAAUCAAAUCACAAAUAUUCUUCCAUAUAUCUGUGCGACUUUUGAACGUGCUUUUACAUUUAUGGCAACAACAAUAAGUUUAAAUAGUGUUUAUUGCAGUGUCUAAUAAACAACUUGAUGUUGCGGAUUAAUUUGGUCUUAAAAUUUUCAAAACUUGUCAACCGCGAUUUAAUUCAGCGGAUUUGUUUGCCGAGAAAAUAGAUUAAACUACCUAAGUGGCAUUAAAUCAUAUAUGCCACGAAAUGUUUGCAUCGUCACAACAAAAACAACAUGGUUAACUGUAUACAUCAAAUUUCAGCACUAAAAUUAAGAUGCCAGCAACAACAACAACAACGGCAACACUGCAUUACAACCGACGAAUGGGAAUUUAAUAAACCGUACUGUGCAGUCGUGGUGCGGUUGAUUUGCUAAAACGCGUCCCGCGCACACCUCUCGGGUGGGCACUGCGUACGCCCGAGGCCUACAAACAUUUCAAACGAACUUACACACAUAGAUACGGAAGCACACAUGCCGCGGAAAAUGUUAGCCAUAGCACAGAGCCAGCGAAAGAGUUGGCUGUCAAGCGUAUACACAAAUUGUCGUGAUAGUAGUAGUAGUAGUAAUAGUAGCAGUAGUAAUAAAAGUAGUAGCAGUCCUUCGCGGAGUAGUAGCAGUAGCUGUGAAUCGCUAAGGCCGAACGAUGUAGAGGAGCAGGACACUGGUAUUAGCUGGAGCAACGAAGAGAAUCAUAACAAUGAAGUACUCACCAGGUGUAGUAGUAAAAGCACGCUUGCUAACAGGCACGUACGAGCCUCCGCGCCACCCAGCCUACACACAAGCCUACUUCUACUAAUCCUGCUCAUCUUCAUACAACUAUUGCAGCAGCAGCAGACGCACGCUUAUCUGAUAAUCGUGCAUGAGGACGUGCCAGCGGGCACAGUGGUCUUUAAUGCCUCCGUCUACAAGCUCGGCUCGGAGCGGCAUUAUAAAAUUAACGCACACAAAUCUGCGCAUUUCGUACACCAUCUGGUCGCGGUCAACCAUAAAGAUGGUCAAAUACAACUGCGCAAACAAUUGAAAUGCGAUGGCAUCUACUAUCCCAACCUCUUCACCUUCUAUGUGGACUCAACAUCGAAUCGGUUACGUAGCAUCGACUAUUAUAGCCUGCCGGUGCGCAUAUUUGUGACGGGUCAAGAUUGCAAUGAAGAUCGGCGUAUAGAGGAGGAUAUGCAUAGCAGGCAUUAUGAAGAGGAGGAGACGGGUUACUCAAAGCGACGCAGACGCUAUGUGGACACUAUAGCACAACCCGAUCUGCGUUAUUUCGGCGCGUACUUGGCGCAUACGAGUAAUAGCGUUGAGCUGACGGCGCGCACGGCAGAGGAUGUGGACGUGUUAAAUCACAAUAAUAGUCGACGUGAGUUUCGUGAUGGUGAUUUGAUAUUUGGCGACAAUUUUGAUAAUGAGAUGCGUCAUCGUAUAUUAAGUCGCAAGCGGCGCGCGAAGGAGCCGCUCCAACUUGAGCCCUCUCUCCAUCGACGUAUUUCCGAUGCCAAGCAAUGGAUCUCGGAAACGUACGCCUCAUAUGCCAUACACACGACGGAUAAGUGGAAUCAGAUUUGUUUACGUCGUUCACAGUUCAUCAACAAUCUCAAUGCUUUCUUACCCAAAUCGAUAUGUCAAUAUUGUAAAGUCAAUUUUCUGGACGUGAACGAUGAGCGUUUCGCCAUCGAACAUCAAAAUCAUGAUUUGGUUGCCAGCCGUGACGUCUGCAUACACGAGUCGAUGUGGAAGGUUAGCAUUACCUUCAAUAUACGUUGUAAUCGCAAUGAGAUUGUGGAUUCGGAUCACCGUCUGAAGAUCGUCUACCACUACCAGGAGUUCAACGACACUGAUAUAGCAAAGCGUGUACGUCGUGAGCUGCGCAAUCAGUCGCCAUAUUUCGAGCAAGCACUCUAUGUGGCUUCCGUGUUGGAAGAGCAGCCCGCGGGUUCAGCUGUGACUACAGUGCGUGCACGUGAUCCAGAGGACUCACCGGUUGUCUAUUCUAUGGUUUCUUUACUCGACUCACGUUCGCAAUCGCUCUUCAAGGUGGACUCACGCACUGGUGUGGUCACCACCUCGGCGAGCUUAGAUCGUGAAUUGAUGGAUGUGCAUUAUUUUCGUGUAGUCGCCACCGAUGACAGUUUUCCACCACGCUCGGGCACAACGACUCUUCAGGUGAAUGUAUUAGACUGUAAUGAUCAUAGUCCCACCUUUGAAGCGGAGCAGUUCGAGGCGAGUAUACGUGAGGGUGCAACAGUUGGUUCGACGGUCAUCACACUGCGCGCUGCAGAUCAGGAUAUUGGGAAGAAUGCGGAGAUCGAGUAUGGUAUUGAGAGUGUGACGGAUGGCACGGGCACCUUACAAGAUCAGGAGCUACCUAUUUUCCGUAUUGACGCACGAUCUGGCGUCAUCUCAACGCGAAGCACAUUGGAUCGAGAAACAUCAGACAGCUACAACCUAAUCGUGACCGCUUCAGAUAUGGCCUCGGCGCAAAGUGAACGUAAGACCGCCACCGCAACAGUGAUCGUGAAGAUAUUAGAUGACAACGACAACUAUCCACAAUUCAGCGAGCGUACCUACACCGUUCAAGUGCCAGAGGAUCAAUGGGGCGACGAUAAUGUAGUAGCACAUAUACGCGCAACGGACGCCGAUCAAGGUAACAACGCGGCGAUACGCUAUGCAAUUAUUGGCGGCAAUACACAAUCGCAGUUCUCAAUCGAUUCGAUGAGUGGUGAUGUCAGUCUUGUCAAGCCGCUGGAUUACGAGAACGUGCGUAGCUAUCGUUUGGUGAUACGCGCGCAAGAUGGCGGCAGUCCGUCGCGUAGUAACACUACGCAAUUGCUGGUGAAUGUCAUCGAUGCAAAUGAUAAUUCACCGCGCUUCUACACCUCACAGUUUCAAGAGUCUGUGCUGGAGAAUGUGCCGGUCGGUUAUAAUAUCAUUCGCGUGCAGGCUUAUGAUGCGGAUGAGGGUGCAAAUGCUGAAAUCGCUUACAGUAUUUCCGAGCGUGACGAUAAUUUUCCAUUAGCUGUGGAUCCACGUACGGGCUGGGUACAGACCAUUAAGCCUUUGGAUCGUGAGGAGCAAAGUCGCUAUACGUUUCAUGUGGUCGCAAAAGAUGGUGGAGUGCCGCCGAAGUCCGCCAGCUCAACGGUGGUGAUAACGGUGCAGGAUGUAAACGAUAAUGAUCCAACUUUCAAUCCGAAAUAUUAUGAGGCCAAUGUGGGAGAGGACCAGCCACCCGGCACACCUGUAGUCACAGUCACUGCUACUGAUCCGGAUGAGGACUCACGUUUGCACUACGAACUCACUUCCGGCAAUACGCGUGGUCGCUUUGCGAUUACCUCCCAAAAUGGUCGCGGCCUUAUAACCAUAGCACAAUCUUUGGACUACAAGCAGGAGAAACGUUUUGUGCUCACUGUUACAGCCACGGACUCUGGCGGCCGCUCAGAUACAGCAACUGUAAAUAUCAACAUUACGGACGCCAACAACUUUGCACCCAUCUUUGAAAAUGCUCCUUACAGCGCUUCGGUGUUUGAGGAUGCACCCGUAGGCACCACGGUGUUGGUGGUCUCUGCGACGGAUAGUGAUGUAGGUAUUAAUGCACAGAUCACGUACUCGCUGAACGAGGAAAGCAUAAAUGGUUUAGGUAGCCCGGAUCCUUUCUCAAUCAAUCCACAAACCGGGGCAAUAGUAACAAAUGCACUUUUGGAUCGAGAGACCACAAGUGGCUAUUUACUCACCGUCACCGCAAAGGAUGGCGGCAACCCAUCGCUGAGUGACACAACCGAUGUGGAGAUAAGUGUUACGGAUGUAAAUGAUAAUCCGCCUAUCUUUAAAAAUCCACUAUAUCAAGCUUCCAUACUGGAGGAUGCCUUAGUCGGCACUUCGGUGAUACAAGUGUCUGCAACGGAUCCCGAUAUUGGUUUGAAUGGUCGCAUUAAGUACCUGCUGAGCGAUCGUGAUGUAGAGGAUGGCUCAUUUGUCAUUGAUCCGACGUCGGGCACAAUACGUACUAACAAGGGCUUAGAUCGCGAGAGCGUAGCCACUUACCAUCUCACCGCGAUUGCCGUCGAUAAAGGCUCACCACCGCUUUCGAGCACUGUGGAGGUGCAAAUACGAUUGGAGGAUGUCAACGAUUCACCGCCUACCUUUCCUUCGGACAAAAUAACACUCUACGUACCAGAAAAUUCUCCCGUGGGCUCGGUUGUGGGUGAGAUACAUGCGCACGAUCCGGAUGAGGGUGUGAAUGCUGUGGUGCACUACUCCAUUAUUGGCGGUGAUGACUCGAAUUCAUUUUCUUUGGUUACACGUCCCGGCUCGGAGCGCGCUCAACUGCUGACAAUGACCGAGUUGGAUUACGAAUCCAAUCGCAAACGUUUCGAGCUGGUCAUACGCGCUGCGAGUCCACCGCUGCGUAAUGAUGCACAUGUGGAAAUAUUGGUUACGGACGUCAAUGAUAAUGCGCCGGUCCUACGCGACUUCCAAGUGAUCUUCAAUAACUUCCGUGACCAUUUCCCGAGCGGUGAGAUUGGUCGCAUACCUGCUACGGAUGCUGAUGUCACCGACAAGCUUACUUAUCGCAUUCUCUCCGGCAACAAUGCGAAUUUGCUACGCUUGAACACCACCUCAGGCGGGUUGAUUUUGAGUCCACAACUGAACACGAAUGUUCCGAAAUUUGCAACUAUGGAGGUGUCUGUCUCGGACGGUAUAAACGAGGCGAAGGCGAUUAUGCAGCUGUCUGUGCGUUUGAUCACCGAGGACAUGCUGUUUAAUUCGGUUACAGUGCGCUUAAACGAAAUGACCGAGGAGGCAUUCCUUUCGCCGCUGCUAAACUUUUUCCUCGAUGGUCUGGCCGCGAUUAUACCCUGUCCCAAGGAGAACAUUUUCGUUUUCUCUAUCCAAGAUGACACAGAUGUCACCACGCGCAUAUUGAAUGUGAGUUUCUCCGCAAAGCGACCCGAUGUAUCUCACGAAGAGUUCUAUACGCCACAGUACCUGCAGGAGCGUGUCUAUUUAAACAGCGCUAUCUUAGCGCGACUUGCCACAGUUGAGGUGCUGCCCUUCGAUGACAAUCUUUGUGUACGUGAACCAUGUCUCAAUUUCGAAGAGUGUCUUACAGUACUCAAAUUCGGCAAUGCUUCAGAGUUUAUUCACAGCGACACCGUCCUUUUCCGUCCCAUCUAUCCUGUGAAUACUUUCGCUUGCUCCUGUCCUGAAGGCUUCACCGGCAGCAAAGAGCAUUAUCUUUGUGAUACAGAAGUGGAUCUAUGCUACUCGGACCCAUGCCGCAACGGCGGCACCUGUGUACGACGCGAAGGUGGCUACACUUGCAUCUGCUCGCCAAAACACACCGGUGUGAAUUGUGAAACGGAUAUUUCCAAGCUGAAACCCUGCAUGUCCGACGCCUGUGAUGGUGGUUACUCGUGCAUGAACUCAUUCCUUAGCUCACAACCGCCUCCUUACACCGCGACCUGUGAGCUGCGUUCACGCUCGUUCUCCAAGAACUCGUUUCUCACCUUCGAGAGCCUCAAGCAGCGGCACAGAUUCAAUCUGAAAUUACGUUUUGCAACAGUACAUGAUAACGGUUUAUUGUUGUACAAUGGUCGCUACAAUGAACUCCACGAUUUCAUCGCUCUGGAAAUACUUGAGGGCCAUGUGAGUUUCUCAUACUCGUUGGGCGACAACAAACAGCGUGUGUCCGUUGUACAACAAACCAAAGUCUCUGACGGCGAAUGGCACGAUGUGGAGAUCAUAUAUUUCAACCGCACGGUGACUCUCGUGCUGGAUAAAUGUGAUACUGCAAUUGCUUUGGCCGGCAAUCUGGGCGAUCGUUGGAAUUGUGCCAACCAGACGACACUCAAACUCGACAAACGUUGUGCACUGCUCACAGAAACUUGUCACCGGUUCUUGGAUUUGACGGGCCCACUACAACUCGGUGGGCUACCACGCAUUCCUGCACACUUUCCGGUGGAGAAUCAAGACUUCAUUGGCUGCAUCUCAGACCUUCGCAUCGACGAACGCUACGUAGAUCUGAACUCUUAUGUGGCUGAUAAUGGCACGAUCUCUGGUUGUCCACAAAAGGCGCCGCUCUGCUCUUCGGAACCUUGUUUUAAUGGCGGCGCCUGCCGCGAAGGUUGGAACACCUACACGUGUGAGUGUCCCGAGGGCUAUGCGGGUAAUGCAUGCCAGGAAACUAUACCCGCACCUUGGCGUUUCUCAGGCGACGGCAGUCUGAGCUUCAAUCCACUACUGCGUCCAAUACAACUACCUUGGGUAACUUCGCUUUCCAUGCGCACGCUUCAGCUCGACGCGUUUCUACUACAAAUACAAAUUGGUCAGAACAGCUCGGCAGUGCUAUGCCUGAAGAAUGGCAUACUCUACUACAUAUACGACAAUGAGCCGAUGUACUUGGCGGGCGCUUAUCUCUCCGACGGCAACUGGCAUCGCAUCGAAGUGAAAUGGCUCGGCUCAGAGGUACAGUUUUCAGUGGAUUAUGGCCAACGCACUGGUGUCGUGCCAAUGUCUCAAAAGGUGCAAGGUCUCUACGUGGGCAAGAUUGUUAUUGGCAGUGCUGAUGGCUCGAUUGGUGCGGUGGGGGAUAUGCUGCCCUUCGAGGGUUGUAUACAAAAUGUGCGUAUCGGCGCUUCACAAUCGGUGCUGUCGCGGCCCACCAUACGUGAGAAUGUCGAGGAUGGUUGUGUGUCACGCGCUGAAUGUCCGGAGAGCUGUCCGCCACACUCAACCUGUACAACUACAUGGGACGAGUCACGCUGCGAGUGCUUGCCAGGUUAUGUGGGUCCGGAUUGCAUGCCCAUUUGCACAGUCAAGCCUUGCACGGCUGGUGUCUGCCUCGCAAAUGUCAGUGAACCUCGUGGUUAUAAGUGUGAGUGCAAUAAUGCCUUACAGCAUGGUGAGUAUUGUGAGAAGACGGUUCAACAACCCUGCCCAGGAGGCUGGUGGGGCGAAAAGGUUUGCGGGCCUUGCAAAUGCAACCUCAAACAGGGCUACCACCCGGAUUGUAAUAAAACCACAGGACAGUGUUACUGCAAAACCAAUCACUACCAACCACCAAAUGAGACAGCAUGCAUCCCCUGCGACUGCUACUCCAUCGGUUCUUUCAGCAGCGCAUGCAAUCGUCUCACGGGUCAAUGUGAGUGUCGCGAGGGCGUCAUUGGACGGCGCUGUGACUCUUGCUCCAACCCCUACGCUGAAGUGACGCUCAAUGGUUGCGAGGUAGUCUAUGAUGCGUGUCCGCGCUCCUUCGCUGCAGGUAUCUGGUGGCCUCGUACGCCACUCGGCAGCACAACUGUGGAAAAUUGUCCUUCACCGGCGCGAGGUAAGGGGCAGCGCACUUGCGAUGGUAUGUCAGGUGGUUGGAAUCAACCGGAUAUGUUCAACUGUACCUCAGAUCCCUUCGUCGAGCUACGCAAACAACUUUCACAACUGGAGAAGCUCGAAUUGGAGUUGAAUUCAUUUGUAGCCAUCAAGAUGGUGGAAAAUCUGCAACUGGCCUGCGAGACUGUGGACCGCUCUAGUGCUGUGAAGAAAAAAUUAGUGAAAGACAGCCGGCGGUAUAAGAUGGAGUCUUCAUUCCUACUCAACGAAGGCAACAACAUGUGGUCUAAUGAGUUGGAGAUGGAUUAUCUUUCAGACGAGCUCAAGUUUACGCACGAUCGUCUCUACGGCGCUGAUCUCCUCGUAACUGAAGGUAUAUUACAAGAGCUCAUCAACUACGAACUCACACAGAACGGUCUAAAUCUCACACACAGCCAAGAUAAGUACUUCAUUAAGAACCUCGUCGAUGCCGCAAGUGUUAUCUUGGAUCGCAAAUAUGCCGCCGAAUGGAAACGAGCCACCGAGUUAAUACAACGCGGACCCGAUGAUUUGGUGGAUGCCUUCAAUAAAUAUAUGGUGGUGUUGGCGAGCUCACAGCAUGACACCUACACAAACCCAUUCGAGAUCGUACAACGGAAUAUGAUCUUCGCUUUAGAUAUUAUCACAACGGAAUCACUCUUUGGCUACGAACCUGAGCAGCUAAGUGAAUAUCACAGAGCGAAACUCAAUCUCAAGCUGAAUGCAUACACCACAGAGAGUGUGAUAUUGCCGGACACCAGUGGCUUUCUACAGCACUCCUCGAAGCAAAAGCCCGUCAUUACUUUUCCCAAAUACAACAAUUACAUACAAGACAAAACGAAGUUCGAUAAAUUCACCAAGGUUUUAGUGCCUCUAGAUAUGUUGGGUAUUACGCCACCAGGCAGCAAUGAGGUGACGCAAAACGCAAACGACUACCGUGCGAUCGUCUCUUACGCACAGUACAAAGAUGUCGGUCAACUGCUACCCGAUAUGUAUGACGAGACAAUCACACGACGUUGGGGUGUCGACAUCGAAGUGGCCACGCCCAUACUCUCACUCGCCAUACUCGUGCCGUCCAGUGAUACCGAGGAGAAACGUAUGGAAAUACCUUACCGCAAGAUUUCAUCGCAGAAAACCAGCUCCAACGAACAGCAGUUCAUCGAGGUAUUCGAUGUGCCGAAGACAAGCAGUAGCGGCAGUGAAGAACAUAUGAUUGAGAAUAUUCGCAUAACAGCACACGAAAUAAUGCCACCAGCGCCAGCUACGAGCUCACAAGAAGCCUCUGUCGAGGUGACAAGCAACGAAGCUGCCGAGGUAGGCAUUGACGGCGGUGAGGAGCCCCAUAUUAGUGUGCGCUUUGACGACGAUAACAUCGAGUUCCACGGUGACACAGGCGAAGAGGUGGUGGACUCGCCCGAAGUGGGCAACACGCAUUUUGACGUUGCUACCAGCGAGGAGCAGCAGAAGGGAGAAAAUGAAGCCAUCUAUCGCAAUCGAAGGCUCGUUAAGCGGCAAGUCGAAGUUAUCUACCCCUCUGAGCAGCAAGAGAUGCAAAAGAAUGUCAUAUAUCGUUCGCUCGGCUCGCCACAUCUCUCACAACCCAUCAAACUACAAAUGUGGCUGGAUAUUGAGCCCGCACGUUUCGGUCCCCGCUCCAAUCCGCAAUGUGUGCGUUGGAACUCGUUCACAAGUCAAUGGACGCGACUUGGCUGUCAAACAGAAGUGCCCGAUUUUGAUGAGCUGCCACUCGAUGGUCAACCCAUCAUUGUGAACUGUACCUGCACACAUAUCUCCAACUACGCCGUUAUUGUGGACAUCAUCGAUCCCGAAGAUAUACCAGAGCCUUCACUGUUGGUACAAAUCACAUCGUAUUCGGCGUUCAUGGUCUCGCUACCUGUGUUGCUGAGCGUGCUCAUCGCUCUGGCUUUGCUACGCGGUCAACAGACCAAUUCGAAUACCAUACACCAGAAUAUUGUGCUCUGCGUCUUCUGCGCCGAGCUGCUCUUCUUCGUUGGCAUGCAGUCACGUCGCAAUCUGCUCGAAAAUGAAUUCCCCUGCAAGCUCAUAGCCAUUUGUUUGCAUUACUUCUGGCUCGCGGCUUUCGCCUGGACAACGGUCGAUUGUGUGCAUCUCUACCGCAUGCUGACCGAAAUGCGUGACAUCAACCAUGGACCGAUGGGUUUCUACUUUGCCAUGGGCUAUGGUGCGCCGGCCAUUGUGGUCGGACUGUCGGUGGGCGUGCGGGCACACGAAUAUGGCAAUAGUUUGUUCUGUUGGCUUUCCGUUUACGAACCGGUUGUUUGGUGGCUUGUCGGUCCCAUUGCUGGCAUGUCGGUGGUGAAUCUCCUUAUACUCUUUGUAUCGGUGAAAGCUGCUUUCACACUCAAAGAUCACGUACUCGGAUUUGGCAAUCUGCGCACGUUGCUGUGGUUGUCUGUCGUCUCGCUGCCGCUGAUGGGUGUCAUGUGGGUGUUGGCUGUUUUGGCUGCUUCCGAAAACUCACAGAUGCUGAGUAUCCUACUUUCGGGUGUGGUCGUGCUACAUUCCAUUUUCUGUCUCAUUGGUUAUUGUAUUAUUAAUAAGCGUGUACGAGAGAAUCUGCAACGCACUUUUCUGCGUUGCAUGGGACGGAAAGUGCCGCUAUUGGACUCGUCGUUGGUCGUCAGCAAUAGUUCGCACAAUGUGAAUGGCGCGACGAGACCGAACAAUUUCCUGGCGGGUAGCUAUGAUACAGCGAGGAGGAAUGUGGGUAUCAGUGUCUCGAGUACUACAUCGAGAAGCACAGCUAAGACGAGUUCCAGUCCGUAUAGUGAUGGCCAAUUACGUCAGACUUCCACCUCCACCUCGAACUAUAACUCUGCCAGUGAUGCGCCGAGCUUUCUACGCGGUUUCGAAUCCUCCACCGGCGGUGGCGGUGGUGGUGGUGGCGGUCGUCGUGAAGAAAAAUCACGCCGUCAUCGUAAAGACUCCGAUUCUGGCUCCGAAACAGAUGGACGUUCACUGGAGCUGGCUUCCAGUCAUUCCAGUGAUGACGAUGAGUCGCGUACAGCGCGCUCUUCAGGCACACAUCGUAGUACCGGCGUGAGCGCUACACCUUCAUACCUGCCCAACAUAACCGAGCAUGUACAGGCGACAACACCGCCCGAAUUGAAUGUCGUACAAAGUCCACAACUCUUUCCGAGCGUAAAUAAGCCCGUCUAUGCACCACGUUGGUCAAGUCAACUGCCCGAUGCUUACCUCCAAUCACCGCCGAAUGUCGGACGUUGGUCACAGGAAACCGGCUCAGAUAAUGAGCAUGUACAUGGCCAAAAAGUGACCAUAUCACCGAAUCCACUACCUAAUCCGGACCUCACAGAUACCUCGUACCUGCAACAACAUCACAAUAAAAUCAAUAUGCCACCUUCGAUUUUGGAGAACCUACAGAAUGUGCGCAACGACAAUGGUUAUGAUGGGCUCGAGCAUGAGAGUCUCUAUCGACGCAAGGAGUAUCCCGACAGUUAUGGCCAAUUCGACACGCUGCCCGUGGCUGGCAACUACAAGCCGCCGAGUCAUUAUGGCAGCGAAAAGGAUUAUAAUGGCAGCGGUGGUGGCAGUGCUGGUGGUGGUAGCGGAAGCGGAAAUGGCGGUAAUGGUGGCACACAAAUCGUUAAUCACAUGCGCUCCUUCCAUCCAGACGCCGCUUAUCUCAGCGAUAGCAUAUAUGACAAGCAGCGCACCCUCGGCUACAUGGGUCCGAAAGCGGAAUCGCCUUAUAUGUCCAAAGAACGUAUUGCACCCGAUAUUUAUGGCUCGCGUGAGAAUCACUAUAGCCUCAAGAAGCCACAUAUGUACGUGGGCGCUGCCGAUUCAAUGCAUUCGGUGCAUUCGCUCUUGAAGAAUGACUAUCAAGCACAACAACAACGUCAACAUCAACUGCAACAACAUCAGCAGCACCUGCAACACCAACAACAGCAACAUCAACAUCAAACGCCAUCAGCUGAUUACCACUCGGAUCGCAUGUCGGAGGGUUCGGAUAAGAAUGGUUAUCAUUUUCCCUACACUGCCGAAGAGGAUCAUAUACCCGCAGCGCGUAAACUCAGUCAUCAGCAUAAUCCCUCACCUUCCCUGCACAGUUCGCAUCAAAUGUUGAAUGGCCACGCGCACGGUCAUGUGGGGAACGAUAUGAAUAAUCCCGGUAUGCUGGGCAGGCAUACGUUGAAUUCGAGUUCGCGUCAUGGCUCGCGUGCCAGUUCGCCGCCGUCGAGUAUUGUGGCGCCGAUGCAACCGUUGGCGCCGCUCACCAGCAUAACGGAUACAGACUCAGAGUUGGACAUUAUUUGGCUGCAUCGUUGGCGUCGUCGUUAUCCCUGGUCUCUGACAAUCUGGAGGAACAUUGAUGAUGAUGAGACGACCGUGUGACCACAUCAGCAACACCAAAACCAACAACAACCGACAAGUAAUAUAUUAAUAAAUGAACAAAAACUAAGUUCAAUGCAAGCGGAAGUGUUGUCAGUAAAACAACAACAAAAUCAACAAACACGAAAAUUACAACAAGAACAACCACAACUACGAACACUACUACCCACACAAUUGACUCCACUGCCAAUAAUAGCAACAAUGCAACAACAGCAACAAAUAUCAGUACAACUUUGCAAAAUAAAUCCGAAAAUAUUGAAAAGCGACACAAACAAGCAAAAACAGCAACAAAAAUAUCAACAAGAACAAGCACAGCACUUUGCCACAAUACGUCGUGUGCCAUCGCCACACUACUACAGUGGACGUUGUCAGUGAAAAUAUUAAAAAAAAAAA